AUGAUCCACCAGAGCGUCCGCCUCGUGGCGCUGCCCGCGCGUCGUGCGUUCCAUGCGGCUGCGCACCGACUGGCGCUCCAGACGGUCAACGUCCCGUCCAUGGGCGACUCCAUCAGCGAAGGGACGCUCGUAGAGGUCCUCAAGAAGGCAGGGGACACUGUGCACGCGGACGAAGUGGUGCUGGUGCUCGAGACGGACAAGGUGAGCGUGGACGUGACAAGUCCCGUAGCUGGAACGAUCGUAGAGGUCUUGGCUGAGCUGGAAGAGAAUGUUGACGUGGGCAAACCACUGUUCACGCUGGACGAUGCACUGCUUCCCAGUGGCUCCGCCAGUGAGUCACUACAGACUGACACCUUUGUGUCAUCGGCGGCAACGCCUGAAGCUACUGCUGCUGCCGUGUCGGAAUCCCGCUCGCCUCUUAUCAAGUUCCUGGGCAAGCGCUCGCUGCUGCCUCCGAAGCCGUCGGCGUGUCCUGAACCUUCACACUUCGAUCUGGCGCCGUCACCUACGCGCACAGUGCCUGUCCAGCCAUUGAGUGCCGACGUUCUUCCAUUCACCAGUGCCAAGCGCCUGCCGCUGUCGCCUGCAGAAGUGGAAUCGAUCAACUCGGGUCUUGCCUUCUUGUAG